GAUUUGGGGGGUUUGGGAAGGAUUUGAGUGGCUGUUUAUAUUAAACUAAACGUAAUUACAAAAUUAACCUCAAUUUUUUUAUUAUAUCCUUCUCCAUUACAAGCUUAAAGGGUAAAUUUGUAAAUUUAAAAUUAAUUUAAAUCUUUCCCUUCCUUCCCUUCCUUUUACUUUAAUUAUCCAAACAUAAAAUAAUACAAUUCUUCCCUUCCCUUCCCCUUCCUCAUUUUUAUUUAUCCAAAUAAAAUUAACACAAAUCAUUUCUUUCUAUUUUCUUUCCCUCCCUUUCUUUUCCUCCCCCUCCAUUUCCUUUUAUUUUCCUCCAUUCCCCUCCCUUUCCUUCCCUUUACUAUAUUCUAUCCAGCGUAAGGGUUUAAGGAUUUAAUUUUGAAUGAAAUGAAUAAGCUCACAAUGAAGUGGUUCUUAUGAAUUUAUUAAUCCUAAAUUGAGUAGUCUUUGCAAAUUUAGUUUUGAGCCAUUGUUACCAAGUUUAGAAUAUCUAUUGGUUUUAAAUAAGUAAUUCUUACGGAUUUCUUUAUCUUGACUUGGGGAUAGUCUUUGCAUAUUUAUUCAGCCAUUGUAGUCGGGUUGAGUGCGUUAGAGUUAUCAGUCUUUCUUCAAUGCCAAUUAGACUUAUUGUUUUGAUCUUUCAAGUCAUGUCAACCUUUCUAACUUAAGUCAUUUUGUAGGACAGAAUACUUUUAUUAAGCAUUAUGCAUACGCCACACAUUGACUUGAAUAAGCUUUGCAAAUUUGGUCUUGAGCCAUUGUUAUCACGUUUAAAAUUUCUAUUGGUUUUAAAUAAGCAAUUCUUAUGAAUUUCUUUAUCUUAAAUUUGGGGAUAGUCUUUGCAAAUUUAUUCAACCAUUUUAGCCGGAUUGAGUGCUUUAAAGUGAACAAUCUCCUUUCAUUGUCAAUUAACUUAUUGCUUUGAUCUUUCAAGUCACGUCAACUUUUGUAGCUUAAAGUCAUUUCGUAGGACAGCAUACUUUUAUUAAGCAUUAUGCAUACACCACACAUUGACUUGAAUAGUUUUUGUAAAUUUGGUUUUGAGUCAUUGUUAGGUAUUUAGAAUAUUUAUUGGUUUUAAAUAAGCAAUUCUUAAUAAAACUUGCAUACUAAAAUGGUGGAAGCAAAAAUAGCCUAAAGAAAAAUGAUAUUUACAGUAUGUCUUGGAGUCAAUAAUUUGUUUUCUAACCCCAAAAUUCAACAAUUUACGAGUUCCCUAUUCGAUUCAAGGAUUUAAGUUUGAAUGGAGCUUAUCAACUAACAAAAAAAGGUAGUUUCGAAUUUCUUAAGCUCACUUGAAUAGUCUUUGCAAAUUUCCCUAGUCAAUCUUUCCGGAUUGAGAACAUUAUGGUGACCCUUGCUUAAGUUUUCUUGUUAGUUACAUAUCAGUAUGUUCAUCACUUACCUUUUCUUAGUAAAUGCAUUACAGAUACAUUUCAGAAAAGGAAAAGCAAAUAAAGAAAAAGAAAAAAGUAAGAGGGAAGUGUCCUGCUUGUUUUUAAAAGUUAUUUGGGUGAUGGGCCCUCUCAAUAACGCGUUUUAAUUUCU